UAAUAACAUAUGACAACUUGUGAAUAUAAUACGCAGUACUUUGUAUCACAUAAUUGGAAUAUAUUCUCUACCGUAGCCUUAGAAAAAACCAUAUAAAUAUCAACCAUACCGUACUCCUCUAUAAUUAAGAAACGUUUUUCAUUAGUAUAAAAAUACACGGGUAUGUACGACUUAACGAAACCAUAAAAGACUAAUCUCCUUAGUAUAACACUCAAUAAAUUAAUCAAAUAGUUUUCGCCCACAGCUUUUGUAAUCCAACAGGCUAAAAAAAAUGACUAAACUAAAAUUAAACUCUUUCCUCAAGAAAAAAAAAAAAAAAAACUCCCCAAAAGAGUUGGAAUUUUGAAAUUGGAAAGAAUAAUUCACUCUCUUUGUAUAGAGAGUGACACAAAUUAAUAUCGUACCAAAUUUUAAUUAAUUUUAUUAGUAUGACAAAAAUGACAAAAUAGGUUCAUCUCCCCUCUUCCCAUUUUCUGGAAACUUUUUAAUUAUUAUUAAUUAAAAAAAUAAUAAUAAAAUAACACGCCCCCUAAAAAGGCAAAGACCACACUCCCUCACUUUACCAGUUUUUGGGAAACAGCUGCGGCUCCUGAAACCAGCAACUACUAUUAUUAUUUUCUCUCUCCUCUUUCCAACAAUUUUAUUUUCCUCUUCUUCAAUUCAUUCAUUUAUGUAUCAUCAUACAUUCUUCUCUUUUCACUCUUCAUACACCUUCUUAAUAACCCAUUCUCUCCUCUAUUCUCUGUAUUUCAAAUAGAUCGAUAUCGUGUUUUCGAAUAGUCAUUUAUAAUUAAUUUUGUAAGAAUGCGGAUGAGCUGUAACGGAUGUCGAGUGCUACGGAAAGGCUGUAGCGAGGAUUGUAGCAUUAGACCUUGUCUUCAGUGGAUUAAGUCCCCUGAGUCUCAAGCUAAUGCCACCGUUUUCCUUGCUAAGUUUUAUGGUCGCGCUGGUCUCAUGAACCUCAUCAACGCUGGUCCUGACCACCUUCGUCCUGCAAUAUUCAGGUCACUCUUAUACGAAGCAUGUGGUCGAAUGGUAAACCCAAUUUAUGGUUCAGUUGGGUUGCUUUGGUCAGGUCAAUGGCAGCUUUGUCAAACAGCCAUUGAAGCCGUUUUAAAAGGCGCACCGAUUACGCCGAUUCCUACUGAAGCCGCGCCUAACUCCCCGCCUAUCCAAGGGGCUUACGACAUCCGCCACGUGUCAAAAGAUGAGCACGCCCACUCCAACAACAGCUCGGCUGCGGCUGGGUUGCACCGAGUCAAGCCGACUCGGACUCGGUUCAAGCGUGUCGGCUCCAAGUCCAAGCCGGCUUCUAAAGCCGAGUCUGCAGCUGGUGGUGCUGCUACCUCGGCUCUUCAGGUGAUGGCGGUGGCUGAGUCAACUCGGCCUGACUCGGCCGAGUUUAACGGGUCAAGCACGAGCCAUGACUCCACCGUGAGCCACCCGGAUGACCCCGGGAGUACCACGCACACGAGCUUGGUAUCGACCGAUGUGAUGGUCGAUGCUGCGGAGGAGGUGGUGGUGGAGAGGGGGAGUGUCAGACACGAUGGUGACGAUGACGGUGAGGUGGAACUCGAGCUGACGCUCGGGUUCGGUUGGCCGAGUCAAUGAGCCGGAAGGUUAAUGAUGAUCAAGUAGUAUGUGGAAUGGGAUUAGAACUUGUUUAAUUAAGGUUUAGAUUAAAUGUUAAUUGAAGUUUUUGGAGAUAUUUUCCCUUGUUAACAGUUUUGGUUUUUGAAUGUACAAAACAAAGUUGACUACAUAUCUAAAAAAUAAAAUAGCUAGUCAGAGAUGGUACAUGUGUUAUAUCUUGAAGAUAAGACUACUAAGCCAAGAGCAUAAUUAUAGGAGAUUAUUCUUUAUUAUUCCUUAUUUAUCUAAGUUUAACGUAUAGUUCUCUAGGUUAGUUGUUAUAACUUAUAUAUAUAUAUAUAUAUACAUACUUUGUAUAAUGUAAACAUUAAGCUAAUCGAUAUACACUUUAUUAUUCU